CCAUUGCCAGUGCUUGGUGGAAGGCCAAGACACUUCUUGGAAGACGAGACGGAUUUAGUUUCCCUGAAAGUGUCAGCAGAGGCCGACUUUCUCUCGAAACGGCUCCGAGCCUCUUGGCCGGGACAGGAUGAACUGUCCCGCGAUGGGCUCCAUCGAAUCCGUCGCUAUAACGAAAAGUCAAUCACAGUGGCAGUCGGCCUGAUCUGUAUUGCACUCGCUGCAACUCUGCUCAUCGGAACCAUCGUCGGCUUUUCGUACGUGUGUCUGACAACGAAUGCAAAACGAGGGGAGAUUUUCGCGGGAACUGCAGCUUAA